AUGGCGGCAAGAAACGCCCCCUCCAUGACCAACGCCCAAGGCGAAUUCAUGCCUCACAAACCCCGUGACGAGCCCAUGGAGAAGCACGGUCACCAAGUAGGCCAAAAAGUCUCGCCAGCAGACAACGCCCCAGAGUUCUCCGCCAAAACCCUCCCUCCGGGCACGGCCCCGGCAAACGCAACAUUCCAACCCAACCCGACGGGCGAAGUCCCCGGACAAGCCUUCAACGAGAACGUCGACCGCACACACGGCAAAGAGGGCGUGCGCACCGACCCCCUGAGCACGCUGCCCGGCGCUACGUCGGCGGACGUGCACCAGGGUCUCGGCCACCCGGGCCAAGGGCAGACGUCGACCGAACUCCGCCACGAGGGACACCACACAGCUAGCAAAGCGACAUCGGGCCCCGAAGGCGCGGGCGCAACGGGCGGCUCGGGCCUGCGAGACCCCAGCGACGUGAACAGCGAGUUCCGCCGGCUCCAGCAAGAGGGCGACCAUCCUCGAGGCCCCAUCUCGGGUCACAAUGUGAGCAGGACGGGCGCCGAGGCGAAGGAGCCCGUGAGCGCAGAGUUCGUCGCCGCAGAGAGUGGCAAGGCUGGAGAGUACGCGGGAUACUCCAAGGCCAAGGGCGCGACCGGCGUGUCUGACAGAGGCGCUGGAAACCCUCGAGAGUAAAGCUGAUGACCGAUCCUCCUCCUGGCUCUCCCCCCCAAAAAGAGUGCCAGGGCAGUGAAGCUGGCACAGCAGUCACGAGACCCCCGCCAACCUCUCGGACAGAUCAGGUUGCAGAGCUUCAUGGCUCUGGGGGUAGCGAGAUCCCGAACAGAUCUGUGAGAUUGUCAUAAGGCGACAAGGGCAAGGGGGAAAAAAGGCAUUAGCAUGGCGUAAUCUACGCACAAAAUGGAUCAUAACUCAAGGACGGGAUAUGGGCUCGGAACCUCCAUUUCAACGCAAAUGAACCGCUGUGACAACCGUGCUAGCUUUGGGGAGCAUGUUGUAACGUCAAGUGUCCAACUAUUGUCUAGACUGGCUCAACCUCUGUCAAGAUAUGCACAACAGGCCUUGCGGUGUCAAUAUCUAACCGCGAUAAUUUGACCAGACAGUGAC